AUGAUUACUCUGGAUCUGUGUGUGUGUGUGUGUGUUACAUGGUUGGGGGGUGUGGUGGAAUUUGGAGCCAGCGCUAAAUAUGAAACUGACACAAGUUACCGCUACAUCCGCGAGAUGCUGCCAUCACUGCCAUCACGGCUAUCACUGGGCUCUGUGCAGGCUGCAACAGACCUCAAAAGCUUCCUGGAAGGGCCCUUGGCUCGGAAGCUGCCAGUGCACAAAAGGCUUGGCAUCAUCCAGCAGAAUGCCGACAUCAUGGACUACAUCAACCUGGACGAAGAUGCCGUUAAAACUGCACAUGCUCUGUCGACCAUUGUCGAAUUGGCACUCAUCGGGGGAUCUGCAGGCGGCACAUCAGAGUAUAAAACUGCCUUCCAGGUUGCGCUUGUCGUGGAUAUGCCGCUUGAGCUCGCCGCAUGUGCCCUCAACCUGAACGUGUCUCAGGACCGCAACGUGAUGGACACAUCUGGUGCCACAGUUCGACAGAAACGGCCCGACUAUGUCUGCUGGCUGAAUAACGCCCUACUAUUUAAGGGCGAGGAUAAGGCAUCGGCAUCAGGCAUGCCGGUGGCCAUUGAAGAGCUAUCGGACAAGAUGGCACGCACGUGGAAGCCAGAGCUGCUGCCUGGCGUCAGCAUGCCAUGCAUGAUAGCCUACGCGGCCGCUGGUACCAUGCUCCAGUUCUUUUCCAUCCGGAACAGUGGUAAAGUUGAAGUUAGCCCAAUCAGCAGUCUCUACGAUCUGAGCACGCCCUUGGGGCGCAUCCGAGCCUUGCACUGCACAUUCAACAUCGUGCGCCUGCUGGCGUCGUACGCGCCACACUCACCUAAGAUUCCGGUCGCCCUCGGAAGCAAGCUUCAAUCCAAGGGUCCUCGUGGAGAGCUCCUCCGUACUGUCAGAUUCUUUGAAGAUUUUGUACAGAAGCGUGUCUAUGAUUUCGAGGAGCGGCAUUCUGGUGUUAACGAUUUCAGCCUUCUCAAGGAGCUGUACACCAAUGCCGCACUGGUGCAGUGCCCAAAUCUUGUACGGCUCCACUCAUCCAAUGACAUGGACGCCAUCCACCUAGACGGCCAGACGCUGGUGCUGCACUUGGUGCCCCACGGCGUGCCGCAGUAUGGGCCGCCCGGGGACGAGGCCAGCCUUAAGCAGGCGAUUCGGGACGUGCUCACUGGCAUUGAGUCGCUCCAUGCAGCAGGCUUCGUGCACCGGGACAUUCACUGGGGCAAUGUGAUCAUGGUGCCAGGCUCAGCACCCAACAUGGCGGAUAGGUUCAUCCUGAUGGACUUGGAGCACGCCGGGCGGGCUGACAGCUCUCAGGACUGCCGCCAGUCACCCUUCCCCCUGGCGACGUGGCCGGAGUUCAACCCCAUCCUGGAUUCGGUGGAUGGCCGCUACACUCGCGCGUCGGACCUCUGCCUCGUGUCGCACUGCCUUCUGGCCUACCUGCCCUUCGAGCUCAGCGCCAGCGGUGUGGCCUUCAAGCGCGCACUGUCUAACCGGGAGCUGGAUGCUAGGGGCGCACUGGCGCACGAGUGGCUUGCGGGGGUAUGACUGUAAGACGUGUUGGCCAUGGAGCAGCCCACGGAUAGCAAGCGGCAACGAGGCACGGGAUGUGGAAGCUGCUUUUGGUUUGGUACAACCAUGCACGCGGACACCGGGAAAUGCUGGGAGGUGGCUGCUAAUGUCGUACCAUCCAAAUUGCUUUAGUGGGUAUUGCGUUUGGGCCGACUCGCAAUGGUCAGGGCAGGCCGGGAUGGGUUGGGGGGUCGGUGAUGGAGACCCAAGCACGUGGAGCAAAGUGCCAGGGAGAUGCUGAAGACGUCGGCGCAGGCGGGGGAGACAACGAAAGGCCUUGCGGGUGAUGGGUGUUAUCGAAGACGUUGGCGAGUAAGGCAGAGUGGCAGCAGAGCGGCUGCAUCCGCGGCUGUUGGUGCUAGCCGCGGCUGAAUGCAGGGGCCCUGCAGCUAUUAGCGCGGCUAGGGCCUGGUCUCACCUGGCGGGUUAUGCGACUAGAGGUUGAGCUGAGCACCGAGAUGGAAAGGGCGAGGCAUGGGGUUUGGGUGGCGCACACGGAAAGGUGCACACGGGAGCAACCUUAGUUGAUUGAGUUAUGGGAGGGUGGAUUCAUUUGGGCCGAGAUUAGCAGGGUGCCAUGUGGCAGGAUAGCAAUAAUUCAUCUGGUAAGAAGAAGGCAAGUAGUAGGAUUCCUUGUUGUAGCUGUAGGUUUGCUGGAGAGUUGAUAUUGCAGCUGGACGUGUGGACGCCGUACACUUGACUGCAUCUCUGCACGACGUCCUCUGGCGCUGCCGUAGUCCCUGUGCCCUCAUGACCGCAUGCAAGGAAGAGGAGAGAUAUAGCUGCGUAAAGAGCGAAGUGGAGAGCGCUGUAGGGAACGAAGUGGCUUUUUUGUACCGCCGCAAGGAGACACAUGUUGUUGAUCGCGAGGACGGCUGGCACCUGCCUGACAUGGGGGUGGUGGUGGGAAACCUGCUCAGCCAUGUCCGACCUGUACGACGUUCAAUGAAAAAUGUGGUAUUAAUACAUGGCAGUGCAGGCGUUGUGAAUGUUCAAGUCCAAAGGUAGGUGGGUGGGUGUGUUUUGUGUGCUGAAGAUUGCUGGAGAGCGAUUUUCUUCAUCCCCCCAUCCCUUCUGGGGCGUAUUUCCGCGUGUAUACGGCCCUCCCUGUACAUGAUUUAAAGACGGGGUUAGGCGGUUCGUCGCCGCCCUCCCCACACACACACGCGAGGGGGGAGAAAUGAACUUUUUGCAGACGGCUGGGCGGAGGGCUCGGCUCAGUGCGUGUUGGGUUCCGCCAUUUGCGUGCGGAGAGGGCGGGGUUGCAGCACAGCUGAUGUCGUACAACAAGAUGACGAGGUGGCGUCGCUCCUCUUCGUUGGGUGCUGCGAUGGCGAUGGUGUUCCGCGAUGUGGUGUCGGUAACUGCAGCGCUAGUGGACGGCAGCCGUCGUGUGCUCGACAUUGAAGUUGCACUUGAUGUGCAGGAAGGGGAGGAGGUGGCGGCGGCGGCGGAGGGGGCGCGAGUGAUGAUGGUUUCCUUCUGUUGAAUGGUAGCCCCUGUUUGUGGUAAUUUCCUUUAUACGCCUGAUGUUGUGAGCAGCUG